CCCUGGCUGUGCUCCGCCUUAUAUAGGGCGGCCGGGGGCGGGCGGGAGCUCUCUUGAAUCACCCCCGCAGCCUGGGUGCCGCGUGCAAGUCGGACACGGUCCGGGCCCACCCUGCUCUGUACGACUUCACGCUUUCCCUUCAAGAUGCCUGAGGAAGUGCACCAUGGAGAGGAGGAGGUGGAGACCUUUGCUUUUCAGGCAGAAAUUGCUCAGCUCAUGUCCCUUAUCAUCAAUACUUUCUAUUCAAACAAGGAAAUUUUUCUUCGGGAGUUGAUCUCUAAUGCUUCUGAUGCCUUGGACAAGAUUCGCUAUGAGAGCCUGACAGACCCUUCCAAAUUGGACAGCGGUAAAGAGCUGAAAAUUGACAUCAUCCCCAACCCUCAGGAACGCACCCUGACUCUGGUGGACACAGGCAUUGGCAUGACCAAGGCUGACCUCAUAAAUAAUUUGGGAACCAUUGCUAAGUCUGGCACUAAGGCUUUCAUGGAGGCUCUCCAGGCUGGUGCAGACAUCUCCAUGAUUGGGCAGUUUGGUGUUGGAUUCUAUUCUGCCUAUCUGGUGGCAGAGAAAGUGGUUGUUAUCACAAAGCACAACGAUGAUGAGCAGUAUGCCUGGGAGUCCUCUGCUGGUGGAUCCUUCACUGUACGCGCAGACCAUGGUGAGCCUAUUGGUCGGGGCACCAAAGUGAUCCUUCACCUCAAAGAAGACCAGACAGAGUACUUGGAGGAGAGGAGGGUCAAGGAAGUGGUGAAGAAGCACUCACAGUUCAUAGGCUAUCCCAUCACUCUCUAUUUGGAGAAGGAACGGGAGAAGGAGAUCAGUGAUGAUGAGGCAGAGGAAGAGAAAGGUGAGAAAGAGGAGGAAGAUAAGGACGAUGAGGAGAAGCCCAAGAUUGAAGAUGUGGGGUCAGAUGAGGAAGAUGACAGUGGCAAAGAUAAGAAGAAGAAAACCAAGAAGAUCAAGGAGAAAUACAUUGAUCAGGAAGAACUGAACAAGACUAAACCCAUUUGGACCAGAAACCCAGAUGAUAUCACUCAGGAGGAAUACGGUGAAUUCUAUAAGAGCCUUACCAAUGAUUGGGAAGACCACUUGGCAGUCAAGCACUUCUCUGUUGAAGGUCAGCUGGAAUUCAGGGCAUUGCUCUUUAUCCCUCGGCGAGCUCCCUUUGACCUCUUUGAGAACAAGAAGAAAAAGAACAACAUCAAACUCUAUGUCCGCCGUGUGUUCAUCAUGGACAGCUGUGAUGAGUUGAUACCAGAGUAUCUGAAUUUUAUCCGUGGUGUGGUUGACUCUGAGGAUCUACCCCUGAACAUCUCCCGGGAAAUGCUCCAGCAGAGUAAAAUCCUGAAAGUUAUCCGCAAAAACAUUGUGAAGAAGUGCCUUGAGCUCUUCUCUGAACUGGCAGAAGACAAAGAGAACUACAAGAAAUUCUAUGAGGCAUUCUCUAAGAAUCUAAAGCUUGGAAUCCAUGAAGACUCUACCAACCGGCGACGCCUCUCCGAGUUACUGCGCUAUCACACCUCUCAGUCUGGAGAUGAGAUGACUUCCCUGUCAGAAUACGUGUCUCGCAUGAAGGAGACACAGAAGUCCAUCUACUACAUCACUGGUGAGAGCAAAGAGCAGGUGGCCAACUCUGCCUUUGUGGAGCGUGUGCGGAAGCGGGGCUUUGAAGUGGUAUAUAUGACUGAGCCUAUUGAUGAGUACUGCGUGCAGCAGCUGAAGGAGUUUGAUGGGAAGAGCCUGGUCUCUGUGACCAAGGAGGGCCUGGAACUUCCAGAGGAUGAGGAGGAGAAGAAGAAAAUGGAAGAGAGCAAGGCCAAGGAAAUCUUGGAUAAGAAGGUUGAGAAGGUGACAAUCUCCAAUAGGCUUGUGUCUUCGCCCUGCUGCAUUGUGACCAGCACCUAUGGCUGGACAGCCAACAUGGAGCGGAUCAUGAAGGCACAGGCACUUCGAGACAAUUCUACAAUGGGCUACAUGAUGGCCAAAAAACACCUGGAGAUCAACCCUGACCACCCCAUCGUGGAGACCCUACGGCAGAAGGCCGAGGCUGACAAAAAUGACAAGGCUGUCAAAGACCUGGUGGUGCUGCUGUUUGAAACUGCUCUGCUGUCCUCUGGUUUCUCCCUUGAGGAUCCCCAGACCCACUCCAACCGCAUCUACCGCAUGAUCAAACUAGGCCUGGGCAUUGAUGAAGAUGAGGUGGCAGCAGAGGAGCCCAGUGCUGCUGUUCCUGAUGAGAUCCCCCCGCUUGAGGGUGAUGAGGAUGCAUCUCGCAUGGAAGAAGUAGAUUAGAGUUCUCACCUGGAAGUCCUGCCCCUUGUAUAGUCCUCCUUUGAGCGGCUCCCCAGCAGCCUGACCCACCCGCCUCUCUGCUGCUGUCUUAGUGGUUACUCUCCUGUCUUUGUUGGUGUCUUAAGGCAGGAAAAUUCCCUCCCUCACUAAAUAGCAGGGUUGGGUGUUGUGUAUUGUGGUUUUUUUGUUUUUAUUUUGUUUUGAAAUUAAAAGUAUGCAAAAUAAAGAAGAUGCAGUUUUA